AUGGCUGCAGUACCGGCGCGUCACGACCGUCGAGUCAUCCUCCACCUGGAUUAUGACUGUUUCUAUGCCUCGGUGUUUGAGGUAGAGCAGCCAGCACUCAAGUCGGUGCCCCUGGCCGUCCAGCAGAAGCAAAUUGUGGUGACAUGCAAUUACGAAGCACGACGGCGUGGCCUACACAAAUUGAUGCUUAUCAAGGAUGCGAAACGCAUCUGUCCUGACGUGGUGAUUGUCCUUGGGGAAGACCUGACCAAGUUUCGCGAUGCAUCUAAGGAUCUUUAUUCAUUUGUGCGCGACUUCAUUUGGGGCGGGCGCGUGGAAAGACUGGGCUUUGAUGAACUCUCGCUGGAUGUCACGGAAAUGAUUGAGUACAAUAUUCAAUUCUUGAACUCGAAUGACUUGACGGCUUCAUUUUUUCAUCUGGAUCAGAAGGAUCCGACCGUUGGGUUUACUUAUGAUGCCACUCGUUAUCUUGGUGCUACCUAUCCGCCCACGGAAGAUGGUUCGGUGGCAUCGCCAGAGAUAUCAUCACUGGAUAUGAGGUUGCUCUUGGGAUCUCAUCUUAUUGGGUAUCUACGGAGUCGGAUGGAACAUGAGAAGGGCUUCACGGCUACGGGUGGUGUGUCAACAUCGAAGCUGCUGGCCAAGUUGGUUGGCAGCGUACGCAAACCCAACAAUCAAACGACACUGCUGCCCCCUUACGAGGCACCAGACGACCCCGACUCCCCAGACAGCAAUGUCACCCAGUUUAUGGAUGCCCACGAGAUUCGAAAAAUUCCUGGAAUUGGAUCACGGCUGGCCCAGAAGCUAAGGCUCAAGGUGACAGGCCAAACUACUGGAGAGGAAAAACUGACCGUUCGCGACGUCCGCCUAUUCCCUGGCAUGGGCCCACCAGCUUUGGAAAAGACCCUCGGCGGACCAGGUGCACCCAAGGGAAUCGGGAUGAAAGUCUGGAGCAUUUUGCACGGGGUCGACAAUACAGACGUGCUCGAAGCACGCGACCUACCUACUCAAAUCAGUAUCGAGGAUACCUACGGGCGCGGACGCCUCGACACUAUCGAAAACGUACGACGCGAAUUGGAGAUACUGGCAAGGAGUUUAAUCAGACGAAUGAGGACCGAUCUGCUCGACAAAACUGACAGCACUGCGCCUCAGCCCCGGUGGCUGGCCCACCCACGCACCCUACGCUUAUCAACUCGGCCACGGAACCCGCCAGAGACAGAUGGGGCGCGGUCAUAUAAUUGGAAUCGCAUUUCCCGGUCGGCGCCACUGCCGAGCUUUGUCUUCCAUGUCGACGAGAAUAUCGAUGCGAUCGCCGAGCGACUCGUCCACGAAUAUGCGAUGACUAUGUUCCGCAAACUGCAUCCCGAAAAGGCCGGGUGGGACCUGCAGCUGAUGAAUAUCGCGGUCACUAAUCUGGUGGAGAGUGCUGGGGACCAGAAGCAGAGCAGUGGGCGAGAUAUAGGGAAGAUGUUCCGUCAGCAAGAGGCUGUGCUGCGGGACUGGACGGUGCGCGAACCAGAACAUGAGGGGGGAGAGCAGGAUGACAAGGAUCGGGAUACCAAUCAAGGUCAAGGCCAAGAGUCUUCGGGCGAAGGAAAAAUGCAGCAGCCUAGCGGUAGUGUAGUGGUUUCAGAUUGGGAGGACGGGGAAUGGGAGGAAGAAGACGAGUCCGAUGGGUUGUGGCGAGUGAGUAGUCGGGCGAAUGUCGAAUGUUCGCUGUGUGGAGUGGUGAUUCCCCAUUUUGCUCAGUUGGCCCAUCAGACAUUCCAUGCGUCGGAGAACGAGGCUGGGUAA